GUUCACGCCGGACAUCGCGGUGAAAACGGGGUUCAACGGCGACACCGAGAUCAGCAUCGCAGGUGCCCAAGACCACAGUCGUCUGCGCAAGGCUUUCUGCAUCGUCUUCAUGCUCCAGUUCUUGGCCGAACUUGAGGUCAAGGGUACCCUAACGGGCACCAUCGAGACCUCGGCGGAUGUGGACUACGAGAUCAAGGGCACGGUGGAUGGUUUUGCCAUCGGCGCGAGUGCGUCCACCUCCGUGCGUGUCGGCAUGGGGCCUGUCUUCACCGUUUGGCCGGUGCCGGUGCCGGGCAUUCCCAUCAACUUCAAUGCCAUGAUCAACGCGGAGGCCAAGGCUCUGGGCACGUUGCAGUUCGGCUCCGGCAUGUUCCUGCUCCAGGAGGACCAGCAAUUCGUCCCAGACUAUCAGCAAGUAGUGGAGAAAAUUGGUGAUGUUGUGGAGGAAAGAAUGCAGGCAGAACGUCAAGCCACAACCAUCGAGAUGUGUGGUGCGGCGUCGCUGUCGGCCUUCGCUGACAUCGACAUUACCGCCUUCGCUCUGCCGAGCAGCUUCCGGGCUGUGCUCAACAGCGACCUGAUCGUUGCAGAGAUCCAAAAAGCAAUGGCAAAGGGUGCGACGGCCCUGAUCCAGCUGAUCAGCGGUCCGCUGCGGUGCAUUCCGGGCGGAGACGCGGUUUCAGGCACCAUCGAGACCGUGGCCGAAACGGCGUCCGACACAAUCACGAGCCUGAUCCCCGCUCUCGACCUGGACUUUACGGUGAAGUCCAUCCAGCUGCUGGAACCCCAGAAGCUUUGGUGCAAGGAGAUCUACAAGACGCCAGGUUUCGAUCAG